AUGCGUGCCAACGUGUCAUUGCAUCACGUCAAUAAUCCUGCGGGGAUGAAGUUUUUUGAAUUUUCAGCCGAGAUCCGACUUAAUAUCUACUCGGAACUCCUCGUUCUCGACGAAACGAUAGUCUUUGUGGCUGAUUAUGGCCCGUCGUCACCACCUCUCUGUCGAUCCAAAAGGGAUGGACUUUGUCCUGCUCUUCUCCGUGUUAGCAGGCAAGUGCAUCGCGAGGCCAUCCCACUACUCUAUUCGAAUAAUCGCUUCCGAUUCCCUCAAGUAAUCACCAACUCAUGUCGCACGGAUAGCGCUCACAUCGCACCAUUCCUAGGCCAAAUCGGGUCUCAAGCAAGCCUUAUUCAACAUAUCUGUAUUACUUUCCUUAGCUUUGAACAUCCCCAGCCUAGUACUGCUCGCAUUCACGAAGAGCAUGUUGAAAACCUAGAGCUCAUUCGAGACACAUGUACAAGUAUAAAGACUCUCGAGCUCCUGGUUCCGCCCGAUCAACGCAGCUACGCGCUCAGUAUUUCGCAAAUUGCAACUGAGGCGAUAGACUUACUCGACACGCAUUUCAGGGCUAUCGCUUCCUUGAAAGAGAUCAAUAUCAACUUCGAAGUGUAUCCCGGAGAGGAUCUAGACAAUGAUAUAACGAAGAAGCUGCGCGACUACGGAUGGGCGGUCACCACCACAAAGCUCCCGAAGAAGAUCUGGAUCUCCAAUGAUGAUCGAGUUGAAUUUGAUAAUGAGGAGGAGGAUUGCAUUGCGUAUGAUAAUGAACAGUUUCUUCUCGACCUGAAGAGAGAAAAGGAAGAGGAGGAAGAACCAUGGAGGGAGGAAUAUUACCGGAGGAGACGCGAUCCCUAUUGGAAGAAUGAUUCGGACUACGAUUGA